AUGCCUCACCAACUUUCUGCUUUCAUCAACUUUCUCAGUGAUGGUCAGUGAUUGUGAUCUGGCCUCUUGCUUUAUUUUGAGCUUUUAUUUCAUCCCUGCCUAACUAGUUUGCUAUUCAAACAAGAUCACUCUUAAACGUUUUCCAGGAUUUUGGGCGCCAGUGCUGCGUUAAUAUGGCUUCAGACCGCUGUAAAAAGACAUUAGGGACUUAAAGGUUCAACGACGCGACGGCAACGAGAACGUCGCUCAAAAAGUGAAUUUGCGUUCUUUCAAAUGUAGGCCAAGCCGCCUAAAGUUGAAUUUCAAGGGACCGUAUCCAAGUUCAGAAAGAGAAAUAAAAUUUCGUCAUUGCUUGUUUACGUUCUCCAUAAAUGGCGAAAUUAGGCAUUCUCACGUCGUAGUCGUGCAAAAAUGGCAAAGAAAUGCACAAAAAGAAUGAUGCACGUACAAAGUUGUUAAUCGCUUAUUAAACCGCUAUUGCUUUUUUUGACGUUCUCGUUGGCGUCGUGUCGUUGGAUCUUAAAGUCCUAGAAAAAAAAACCUUUUAAAGAGACAGAAUUCAGUGUAAUUCUAAAUUUAAAUGAGUCCGCACGAAAUUCAGGGUGUGUCGCCAUUUGAAUGAAACGGCCUCUUCAGCAAAACUUUCAAAUGUCAGUAUUACUUACUUAGAUACAUUCUACCUUUCACGUUAAUGCCAUUCGUUCAAAUGAAACCUCUCCAGCAGUAAAGUAAUUUCACAUAGUCCUUUGGUAAUUUACGACAGGCGAAAUUAUCUAAUUUCUUGAUUUUGGUUUAAGGCACUAUUGAGAAUGAAAAGCUGAAUUAUGAAUUUCUUGAGCGUUUUCUACAAAUCAAACAACCGUGUAAAACUGCCGUGUCUGGUGAUUUUCGCCAUUUUUUCCCAUUUAAAGCUUAUUCCAUUUUAAAAGCAGAUGUUCUUCUAAAAAUCAACAGAAAUCUCAUUCAAAUUCAUUGAAAUCUGUCCGACCUAUCCAUAUCCCAGUUUGUCCAAGUCUUAGCUUUUGUCUGCUGUAAAUGCAAACUAAAAGUUGUGUGUCCUUAAGCUAUACUUUUUCUCUUCGUUUGUCUCCUGAAAAGAUUUGGCCUCGCCCUUGGCUAGUCAGACCGUAACUCAUUUUGCCAGGUUUCUUGAAGAGGCGGUCUCGCGCAUCUGGCGCUAUGACAUUGAUUUAUAGCUUGGGAUUGCAAACUGAAAAGGGUGUGAAAUAAUUAAAGACUGUUUGUCGAGGGGCUUUUUUUAGUAAAGAAAACUCCAUUUACCCCUCCAACCUCAAGCAUUCAUUCGUUCAGUGAUUAUACAAUGAAUACAUAAUUCGGUACAAGAAAAUUUCAAAAAAUUAUUUCCAAACAGUAAACAUAAUUCGGAAAUAUAGAUAGAUCACACAGUACAAAUUACUACAGGCAAUUUGCGUUCGAGAAAACAGAAAGGUUCCAUGAUUGUAAUAAUUAACUUUGACAUUCUUGCACAGCUACGAAUCGACGUUUUUGUAAGGGAAACGUUUAUAUUAAUAAACUAAUUUAUAUAGUAACAGCCCUACCCUCUUUAACACAAUAUGAAUGGUGAGAAUUGUUAGGUAGGAGUAUUCUUAAUUUUCUUUUACUUCUUUUCCUUUUUUAUAGAGAAGAGAAAGGGCAAAAUGAGCACGAACUCUACAGGAGUAAACGGUACGUGAUGAGAGUUAGCUAGAGGAAGAACGAGGAAUUUGUACAAUUCGCAAUUUGUACAAUUCAGAAAGGAAUCAAAACGUUUCGUUUUAUUUUUUUUCUUUUUUCAAAUAAUCAAAACCCAACCUUUUCAAGCAUCACAGCUUAUGUAAGUAAAAAGAAAUGCUUUUUAUUUCAUCAUCGUUUAAUGAAAAGAGCGAUAAAGUAGAUAACACAGCAGAAAAAAUGUAUGGCAUCUGCUGGUUAAAGGCCAUAAUGUUCACCAUCACCUAUGAGAUUCAGUUUUUCCGUGGGAUGCCUGUGGCACUCCCACGGUAAAAAUCCGGUUCGGUUGUACCCAAAAUUGCAAAGCCAGCCAAUAGGAUUGCCUAAAAUCUUUAUCGAUUAGCUCUUCUUCCAAGCCGACCAAUCAGAUUGUACAAAAUCUGUAUCGGUUUUUAAUCGAUUUGCUUCCUCUAAAGAACGUUGAAAUUAGAACGUUCCUUGCCAAAUUUGUCGCGCUAGAGUAUUCCCACUCGUGGUUUAGAAUGGCUUGUUAACCAGCUAAAUCCUUCGGGAUACUGGUAAGUCACGAAAGGCGACCUAACCAAAUUAUUUCUUUCCUUCAUGAUUCUUUUUUGUUGAGGUCUAGCUUUUUCAUAAGGUUUUAGUAGCGUCUGGUUGCGGGCCGUGAUUUCCGAUCGAUUUUUCUAUUCGGAGUUCGCCAGUUUUUGCCGAGCACAGCUAGAGUUCAGUUUUUUUCUUUUCUUAUCGAAAACACGUUGACGAUGGGAGGUUAAAUCGUGUAAAUUUCAACUCGUACCCUUGACGAUUGGCGGUGAAAUCGCGAAAACAUUGUCCUCGUCGAUCGACAACUCGCUUUCGGCUUGGAUUGGACUUCUGGAUGGGACACGGAUCAGGAGUGGACCUUAGUAAACUUGUGAUACCUUGGAAUCAGGGAUAAUCAUUGGAACUAUGUUAACUUUGAGACCUUGGAAACACAUUGCAAUUAAUUUUUAACUGUAUCAAGAGCAUCUUGGAAUAUUAAACUUUCAUCUUGGAUUAAAACAUUGGAACUUUAUCGAACUUUGUAACCCUUGGUUCGACCCUGGAUAAAGCAAGCGGAUGUUUUGUUUUGUUUUGUUUUGUUCCAUUAACCUAAAACUACAAUGUUUAUUAAUUUCUCUUUGAAAAAGUUACCUGUGGCAACUUACUACCAAGAUAUGAUGUAUUUUUAUACAUAUAGUUCCUGUUCAGGUUAAUCAGAGAGCAUUAUGCGCAUGUUCUCCAUUACUUGUUUCUCUUAACAUUCCAAUUUAAGUUACGCGGGUAAACCUUGUUUUGAUGCAAAAUAACUUCUUUUUCUCAUCCAAAUCGUGCUAUGAAAAUGACUACAUAGCGAUAGAUCAAAACAAGAUCAACUCCAUCCUUGCGACCACUGACAACUAUAAAUUUAGCUUGCGUAGCAGGUGUCGAAAGGGGUAGGGGAUAGGGAGGAAGCAAAAAGGGGAUGUGGAUUGGGGAGAAAUAGUAGCCUGCGUGGCAGGCUACUAUAAAUUCAGUCAUAAGCACAUUAAACCAAUCCAUACAGGUAACCUACUCAUCGAUGCUCAUAACAUGACACAUCUUUCCGGUUUCCCUAAUCAUUCCAAAUUCAGAUAGAACGCCAUUAUUCUUCCAUAGACCAACGCAUCCCACGGAAACGACUUUAGGCGUCUUGUUCUAUAUCAACCGAGCUCUUGAAGUCGUACUCAAUGUAGCACAAAAUAACAUUGUAGGUGCGGAGCCGCUGGAGCAUUCUAUCGGGGGCGCAGCUACAAAUGAGCAUUAUGAUAUAACAUUGGAAUGAUCUUCCUGACAAUAGGUCCCAAGUCUUAACUUGCGCAAACAUUUUCUGGUCUUUUGUUAAGAGCCGAUGUUGACCCUCGCAACUCUUUUGUUACGUUGUGACAAGUUGGGAAGAGUUAAAAUUUCAUCGUCUAAACUUUGAAAGGCAAGAUCUCUCAGGUGAUAUUUUUUUUCACUGCCGGAAUACUUUACGAGAAGACAUAAGGAGCGGCUGUAUAUAAGUAUACUUUUAAAUUUGCUGAUUCUGAUUCGCUAGCUAAAGGGUUUUUAGGUUAAUAAAAGAAGAACUUUUAUGGACGCGCAUGCCCGUUUCGCCUAGCUAUUUGCUUUUUUCCUUUGGGUAGUUUGCGUUGAGAAAACUUAAUAGCGAAGAGAAGUGUGACGUCACAAAAAUUCAAAUUAGGGAAAUUAUGGGAUUGGUUAAAAUAUUCAGACAGAAAAAGAUGUAAAAAGCCUCCUUGCCAAACAUCAGCCUGUUAGAGCGGUGCGGAGACAUAAGCACCGGUUUGCUCUGAUGACUCCAUAUAAUAAAUGCUUCUAAAAUUGGCUUGGAUCGAAACGUCAACGAUCCAGGCCUAUGUUUUAGAAGGAUUUGAGUCAUCAGAACAUAACGUUGCUUAUAUCUCCGCAGCCCGGGCCCCCCUGUUUCCGCACCCAUUUGCACCAUUAGGCUAAUUUUUAGCAGGUGAACAUUUUUCAUCUUUUUCUUUCUGGAUAUGCUAGAGGGUCUCAAUGGGGUUAACCAUCAGCCGUAAAAGGGCCUAAAAUUUAACCGUCAACCGUCAAAAAUGCAGACUGACAUUAACCGCCAAACAGUUUAAAGGUAGCUCAGAUCUCACUAUUUCAGAGGUCUUCACGGAGAAUCUCAAAACUGAAAAAAAAAACAGUUCCUACGUUCUCAAAAACGCACUCUCUAGACAUUACAAAACCUUAGAACUUGCUUAUACGUGCAAAUAUUUCGAAGCUUAUUAGUCUAAGGCCAAGACAACCUCCAAAACCGAAACAAUUUAUUUUACUUUAUAGAGGAGUAAAUUUCCACUUAAAAACCGUUAACUGUCAAAAGCUCUAAAAUUUAACCGUCAACCGCCAAUAAUUGACCGUGAAGGCGGCCACCCCAUUGAGACCCUCACGGCUAACCAAUCGUAUACUCACAAAUCUAGUUUUUGUGACGUCAUCACUUCUCUUCUCUAUUGAGAGGCUGUGAACAAUCUGUAGGCACCUUUUCCUUCUCUCCCGUUGAAAUAGAGCGAUCUAUUACUCAUUCUUUGGUCUGACCUUUACUUGUCUUAUCUUUCUGUUUUAGGAACAAACAUAACCACUGCAUCAAGCCGGGCCCCCGACCCACAACAGCCCGCUGGCGGCGUUCCGAUGGAUCUUAAAAUUGGCCUAACGACAGCAUAUGCGGUCAUUUUUCUCGUAGCUCUGAUUGGUAACUCUUUUGGUCUGCUCGUGGUCUUGAAGAAAUCUUCAUCUCGCAGCGUGACAAACCUGUUUAUCGCCAACAUGACCGUUGCAGAUCUGCUGCUAACUAUCACGAUUAUGCCGUUUUCGGUCGCCAAUUUGUACCGUGACACUUGGAUCGGGGGAACGCUGGGUAGCAUUACUUGCAAAGCGUUGUCUUAUGUCAUGCCAGUUUUUAUUUCCGCGUCUGUUUUCACAAUGAUGCUGAUUUCGUUUGACAGAUUCUACGCCGUAUUUUUUCCUUUGAAAGAGAAAUUCUUCCAAAAGCCAAAAGUCUUGUCAGCAGUUAUAUGGAUCUUAUCUUUUGGGUUAAUGACCCCUUAUGUUUUAAUGUAUCAAACAACUGAGAAGCAACCAGGCGUAUACUAUUGUUUACAGGAGUGGCCAUGGGCACCACCAAACGACACAGACUUCACCGAAACAUAUAAAGUGCUUAAGAGCUUCCACAUCAGCGUUUUUGUCAUAGUAUACGCGUUACCUCUCUCCAUAACAAUAAUCAUUUACUCCUUAAUUUGCCGAAAAUUGUGGCUACGUAAGAUUCCAGGGAAUGUAACAGAUACGAACCUCGCUGCUGCUGAAAAAUCGAAACGUAAGGUUGUUCGACUGCUGGUCGUCAUAUGCGUGGUAUUUGCAGUCUGCUGGUUUCCUGUCUAUGUUAAUCAUUAUUUGUGGUUCGUACGACCUGAUCAAAGUCACAAGUUGCCAGAUAGUGUUCAGAUGCUAUUCAACUGGAUAGCACAUGCCAACAGCGCUUUAAAUCCAUGCCUUUACAUUCUGCUAAAUGAAAAAUUUCGCAAGGCGUUUUUUGCAACCCUAAGCUGUUGCCCUGGUCUAAGCAAGUACCGGAAAAGUUCGUGGCAAUUUGGAUCCUCAAACAACGAUUGGAACGAAACUAGGACAAGUAUUUGGAGGAUUGUGACAGUUGCCGGUCGUAAAUCGAGUGCUUAUACAUUACCACAAAGCCCAACGGAGAGCAAAUCUGGGCAUACAAACUUAUCGCUAUCUUUGAUGAGUGUCAAAGAUGAUCGCUCGCCACCAAAUAGUCCAACUCAGACGUCCCAGAACAAUAACGCAAAAGAAACCAAGGAUAACGCCGUUGCUGACGCAAUCCAAGUGUAGGUCUGUGUAACAGCCGUUUUUGUCUCCUUUUCUAAGGGAAUUUAACCAUGAACAGCCAUCAAUGAUUUCGAUUACCAUAGACUGGAAGUUACAGUCAUGAAAUCUGUGUUUAAGAGGCCAUAUACCCCCGGGGGGGGGGUACUCCCAUACAUUACCUAUAUGGGUAUGUGCCGCCCAACUGGGUCGUGAUUUUGAACUCCUGAUUUAGAGUGGGGUAUCCAUUUCAGAGGCGUUUCCUAGAACGGGGUAUAAUAUUUCGAAUGCACGAAAGCUCCAGUUUUGUAAGCAGCCAUUUGAAAUUAUUCAAGGUCAGAUUACGUUUAAAAAUAUGGUUCAAUGCGUUAACAAGCAAACUGUUGUACUCUUUGCACCUUAGAACGGAGUAUAAAAAAUUGGCCCAUUUUUAGAACGGGGUAUCAGUUUUAGGGCGAAUUCUAGAACGGGGUAUCAAUUUUAGGGGAUUUUUUCUUUAGAACGGGGUGCCAAUUUGGAGUCCCGGGCGGCACAUACCCACCCAAAAAAUACCCAAGUGCCCCCCCGGGCAUAAACCUUUGUGUACGAGCCCAAUGCACGUGUAUACACGUUUAAAAGACGGGGGUCUAAAUUUUGUCAUCUCCUCUUGGGGAUGUUAGUUGCAGAUUUUGGUCUUACUUAGGGUGAUAAGGACAGGAGACCAAACAUUUUUCCCAUUUAGAUAUCGCUGAGGUUGUGCGUAGAGGAUUACUAUAUAAUAGUCCUACUGUAAAGUUUUAUUUCGUUGCUUGUCACAUUCUUCUUAAGGGUAGAAAUAAAGCCUUAGCCAAGCCCACACUGGUAUCUAUCAGGAGUUUCACAGGGGCACCCAACGACGGUUUUCUGUAAAAUAUCUGUUCGGAGAAGCAAAUAUUGCCUAGAAUUACUGGAGGACGGCUAAAAAUUUCUAGAUGAUCGUUCGUUCAGGUACAACGCUUAUCUAAUAAAUUCGCUACGAUUUUCUUAAGUUUAAUUUUUCACAUUUCAAUGCCCAAGUUAGGCUAUUUUUCUUAGAAAAGGCUCGAGUUCCCCUAGGAUGACAGAACAGUUACAAAUUUUAGCGCCGCUUAGAAUGCAUUUCUAGAGAUCUAAAAGUCUCUGGAUAGCCUAUUACAAAGUCUAUUUUUUUAAAUGUAUUUAUGAGGACACUGUCGUUGGGUGCCCCUGGUUUCAGUCCAAUUUUCUGACAUGCAUCCCUGUCGCAUUCAUGUAGGAGUCGCCCAUGGAGGGGACGAAGGGGUGUUUGACAGUUUAAUAUUGGUCUUUUGAAGUAAAAGUGUCUGUUGAUACAGUAGUUUCAGUGCACUACAACAGUACCUUUUUGACGAGCCAUGAAUUGCUCCGAGGGGAAUCCAAUGAGAAAAGGGCGGGAACCUUCUGAAAGAGACCAAUCAGGACGGGGAUCAACGUUUCCUUGACCCCAACAAGGCACCAGACAAAAUAGCCAAAUACGCGCUGUACAAAUUAUAAUUCCGAUACAGAAUGCAUCUUAAAGUGGUUCUUCCUUUUUUUCUGCUAACUAUAGGGUUCUUUCAGUCGAUACCAAAAUCUGCACCUUACUUCCCUAAAUCAGAAGAGAAUCCCGGCCCCUUUCAUAAGUGAGUUCCCUAAAGGACACUUGAAUGGUGAGAUGAAUUCACCUUACUAUAUCCAUCGCUUACAACUUAGGCAAUACCAGUGAUGUAAACAGCAUAAGAAAUUAGCCAGAAUGCACAUUUAGAAGUGACUAACACAAAAGACCAAGCGAUGUUGUGGAUGUUGGAAUGUGUCAAUAUAAGGAUUUUUAUGGAAAAGGUUUCUAGACCGAAAUACGUGCGGUCCAGUAGUCUGAGUAUCAGUCGCCUCUGGGGGGAAGGGACAAGACAGAAUCGAAAAGGGAAGGCAGUGAAGAAGGAGAAACGCCUUUGUUUCGUCCCCCUUCAAAAUCUCAAAUCUCCUCUGCUCUAACCCCUUAGGAAGUCCUAGCCUGAUACUCAGGAUAGGUGGGAAGAAAUGGAAGAAAUGGUUAAGACAGCGAAGUAAGACUUCCUGUCUCUCUUUCCCCUCCCCCCUUCGCCCUCUAAUAUCUCCUCUCCCCUAAGCCCUUAGGAAGCCCUGAUACUCUUUCAACGGUCCAGUGACAUUUUCCUUUUAUUAAGACCGUAUUUUUCCGUAAUUUAAACCACCAUAAAAUCUCAAUGUUAACAAUUUAAACCCUAAAAAUUGGCAGACCUACUGUGUUUGAUUAUGGGCUCUCUCUCUGGUGGUUUUAGGGUGACAUCCGAUAAUCCGACGAGGGCCUUAUUCACAUAAUCACAAAUUAUUUAUCUCUUUAUGUAAAUAACUUACAAAGGGUUACACCAGUUUGAAAUAAACCAUGUAAAUAGGGCGGAUAAACGGGCCGCAUCUUAAUUCUCUCAUGGCCGGUAGCAGACUGGAUUUGAAUGCUAAAGAGCAAGAAUAUACCGGCUAAUUAACAGUUAUUCCUCGAGGCCGAAGAAGGGCUAUUGACGCAGAGGCCAUGAGGGCGAGAGGAAUAAUUGUUUUAGUAAAAUCCAACUUGUUUGUCAAAAAUAUCGAGAAAAAACAACUUUAGCUAGCAAAAAGCGAUUCAGCCGCCUUUGGUUUGGUUUUCAAAGCCGUCGCUUUUCGCUACUAGUGGGCUAUAACAUAUAGCCUAGUAGUAGUUCAACCAAUCAGCCAACUAAAUGUAUAUAGCUUUAAUGGUCUGCGAACCCAACGUGGUCAUAUAUUAAAGUUAAGAAAUAAGUAAGGUAGUUUUUAAUUCUAUCAAAAAUGAACGAAAUAAGAUGUGGUCAGCUGUUAAGUUGAGGCACAAGAUGCAGGAAAGGUAUUGAUUUGUGAUGAUUAAUGUCCAUUUCGACUUCAGCUGUAAACAUCUUAAUACGCCAUUUGCAAAAUGACGUCAUUUUACUACUACGACAAGAAUCCUUGAGGGGCUUAGUUUCUUGUGGAAAUAAGGGCUUUUGUUAUCUAAACCUCGCUGGGAUGACCAAAAUUGAAUAGAAAAGGAAAAACGAGAAGGAUUCUGACCGUGGUCGGUAGUAAAAUGACGCCAUCGUGCGAA